UUGUACUAGUCUGUCAAAUACACUAUGUGUUGCAUGUUUGAUAACUGUACAUUCACACGUAUCUCGUAAACAUAAAUCGCACGUUAAUUUCGGGUGUCCGUUUGAAGUCGCUUGCUUGUUGUCUGUCAGUCACAAUUUCUGCCAUAGAUAACUUUAGCUGCAGCAGUAGCUAGCAUUUUGGCUGCUAAGUUCUAUGUGGUUUUUGAAAGUACGAAUUUUAACUAUGGAUUUACUGCCAUUGUCAACAUUGAUACAGUUAAAAUAAAAAAAUAAAAAGUGUAGGUGUAAUGUAGAGUCCAGUGGUUACCGCUGGGAAAGCUGAUGUCGUGCAUAUGAGUGUCGUGUUCCAGUGAAACCUGAUAUUUUGAGAGUGAAGUUAGUGGACUGGGUUAGUUGCUAUAACGCAAAUGUCUGGUGACGUCAUCAAUCAGCUGGUUAGGUUCAAAGGGCUGUUGCUGUUUUGAGAGCUGGGUCUUGAGUAACUAGAUGACAGUGACUUUAAUAAAAACUGAAAGGAAUUUAAAAAGCCUUCAUGGAAAUUGAACAGAGCCCGGCUUCCCAAAAGCAUCCUAAGGCUACAUUCAUCGUUAGAAACUUAGUAGGAGCAUCAUUAGAUCCCCGAGCCGUUUCCCAUUACUGAUUACUGAAGUUGCUCCUGAAAACGCUUGAUAUUUAAAUGGUAUUUUAACCUGGGGAAAUCUGGGCUUGUUUUCAUCAUGGGGGGUGGGGGGAUGAAAUCUGAAAAGAAAUGUAGUCCUUCUUUGUGGCAUGUCGAGAAGGUUCUAUGUGAUACUGAUCGCACUACACGUGUUUGCGUGUCGAUAUGGUUGUCCUUGUUCGAUACAGCCAUUGGAAGUCUUAGAGCGGAUUCAUUGCUAAAUAUUAGUGAUGCACUGAUAUGACAUUUUUCUGAUACCCAAUAUUUUCCUUGCCCAAAAAACGAUACUGAUAACCGAUAUAACAUUUUUGUGGCCUUUUAAGCAUUCUAGUCAUUGUAAAUAAGAAUUUGUUUUUAACUUCUUAUGGCUGGGGGCAGUACUAAGUAGCUUGGAUGAAUAAGGUGCCCAGAGUAAACUGCCUGCUACUCAGGCCCAGUUGCUAAUAUAUGCAUAUUAUUAGUAGAUUUGGAUAGAAAACACUCUGAAGUUUCUAAAACUGUUUGAAUGAUGUCUGCGAGUAUAACAGAACUUAUAUGGCAGGCAAAAACCUGAGAAGAAAUCCAACCAGGAAGUGGGAAAUCUGAGGUUUGUAGUUUUUCAACUCAUUGCCUAUCGAAUAUACAGUGGGAUAUUUGUCAUAUUGCACUUCCUAAGGCUUCCACUAGAUGUCAACAGUCUUUAGAACCUUGUUUGAUGCUUCUACUGUGAAGGAGGGGGAAUGAGGGCUCUUUGAGUCAGGGGUCUGGCAGAGUGCCAAGAGCUGACCACGCGCGAGAGUUAGACCUGCGUUCCAUCGCAUUUCUACAGACAAAGGAAUUCUCCGGCUGGAACAUUAUUGAAGAUUUAUGUUAAAAACAUCCUAAAGAUUGAUUCUAUACUUCGUUUGACAUGUUUCUACGAACUGUAAUAUGACUUUUCGUCUGAACUUUCGCAUGGACUUUCCCGCACGUGGUGAGUUUGGAUUGUGUACUGAACGCGCGAACAAAAAGGAGGUAUUUGGACAUAAAUGAUGGACUUUAUGGAACAAAUCAAACAUUUAUUGUGGAACUGGGAUUCCUGGGAGUGCAUUCUGAUGAAGAUCAUCAAAGGUAAGUGAAUAUUUAUAAUGCUAUUCUGACAUCUGUUGACUCCACAACAUGGCGGAUAUCUUUAUGGCUUGUUUGGGCUCUGAGUGCUGUACUCAGAUUAUAGCAUGGUGUGCUUUUUCCGUAAAGUUUUUUUGAAGUCUGACACAGCGGUUGCAUUAAGGAGAGGUUUAUCUAAAGUUCUAUGUAUAAUACUUGUAUCUUUUAUAAUUUUUUUUAUGAGUAUUUCUGUAAAUUGAUGUGGCUCUCUGCAAAAUCACCGUAUGUUUUGAAGGCAAAACUUUACUGAACAAAACGCACCAAUGUAAACUCAGAUUUUGGGAUAAAAAUAUGAACUUUAUCGAACAAAACAUACAUGUAUUGUGUAACAUGAAGUCCUAUGAGUGUCAUCUGAUGAAGAUCAUCAAAGGUUAGUGAUUAACUUUAUCUAUUUCUGCUUUUUGUGACUCCUCUCUUUGGCUGGAAAAAUUGCUGUUUUUCUGUGAAUAGGUGCUGACCUAGCAUAAUGAUAUGUUGUGCUUUCUUCGUAAAGCCUUUUUGAAAUCGGACACUGUGGUGGGAUUAACAAGAAGUGUAUCUUUAAAAUGGUGUAAAAUACUUGUAUGUCUGAGGUAUUUUAAUUAUGAGAUUUCUGUUUUGAAUUUGGCGCCGUGCACUUUCGCUGGCUGUUGUCAUAUCGAUCCCGUUAACAGGAUCCCAGCAAUAAGAAGUUAACUGACUUGCCUAGUUAAAUAAAGGUUACACACACCACACUGACCAAAAAGUUUGUUGGCAUUUACGUAUGUCCCCAUUUUACCAGUAAAACAUAAUCAAAACCUAUUUCUUUCACUUACUUGAUGUGCUGUUUCGUUGUUCAGUUGUUUCAUUAUCAACCAGGAUUUCAUCAUGCAUGUCAAGCAGUGAAGUUUCAGCUCUGUCUGUCCGUGGCCUCUCUUCCUCAGUGCGCACUAUCACUGUGUCCGUUUCCAUCUUGUCCAGCUGUGUAUAUAACAUUUCACCUAAACCCUCUUUCUUGUCUGCAUCGAGGUAGCGGUCCUUGUAAAUAACAUCGAGCAUGGUGGCGACACAGUAUACGUCACUUUAUACACCGAAUAACUGGGGCCAAGAUGUUUAUCUGUUUCUGUGACCGUGACUACAAAUACAAAGGAGCCCAUUUCUUUGCAUAGCAAGCGAAAGAUAUGAAGAUGCUUCAAAUGAAAACCGAGAUGACUGUAUUAAAAGAUAAAUACAGGUUACAUAGACCAUAUAUAAAUGAACUCAGCAAAAAAAGAAACGUCCCUUUUUCAGGACCCUGUCUUUCAAAGAUAAUUUGUAAAAAUCCAAAUAACUUCACAGAUCUUCAUUGUAAAGGGUUUAAACACUGUUUCCAAUGCUUGUUCAAAGAAACAUAAACAAUUAAUGAACAUGCACCUGUGGAAUGGUCGUUAAGACACUAACAGCUUCCAGAUGGUAGGCAAUUAAGGUCACAGUUAUGAAAACUUAGGACACUAAAGAAGCCUUUCUACUGACUCUGAAAAACACCAAAAGAAAGAUGCCCAGGGUCCCUGCUCAUCUGUGUGAACGUGCCUUUGGCAUGCUGCAAGGAGGCAUGAGGACUGCAGAUGUGGCCAGGGAAAUAAACUGCGAUUUCCGUACUGUGAGACGCCUAAGACGGCGCUAUAGGGAGACAGGACGGACAGCUGAUCGUUCUCGCAGUGGCAGACCACGUGUAACAACACCUGCACAGGAUCGGUACAUUCGAACAUCACACCUGCGGGACAGGUACAGGAUGGUAACAACAACUGCCCGAGUUACACCAGGAACGCACAAUCCCUCCAUCAGUGGUCAGACUAUCCGCAAUAGGCUGAGAGAGGCUGGACUGAGGGCGUGUAGGCCUCUUGUAAGGCAGGUCCUCACUAGAUAUCACCGGCAACAACGUGAUGGUGUAGAUUGAUUAUGAGGGGGAAAAAUAAUUGAAUCCAUUGUAGAAUAAGGCUGUAAUGUAACAAAAUGUGGGAAAAGUCAAGGGGUCUAAAUUCUUUCCAAAUGCACUGUAUUGCCAUGUUAGUUAUCUAACUAGCUAAUUGUUUCAAUGCAUCUUUUAAAUGUGAUAUUCCAAGACAUUUACCUAAAGGGUUUUUCCUCGAUAACCUCCUUGUUGUAUUGUUGGCUAGCCAGGUUAGUUAGUCCCGCUGGGCUAGCUGGCUAACGUUAGCUACUGAGUCCUUUUUGUUCAAAAUGGAAAAAUUAGACGGGGGAAAAAAGUCAAGCUUUUUUUACACUAGCUGGCUAGUUAGCAAAAAACACUGUUUCCUCUCAGCAUUGCUAGCUAUCUAUCAAACAUGGUUGUACUGGCCAUCAUGUAAGCUUCUAACUGGGAUAUUAAAAAUGAGGAUGUACUGUUACUCCAAAACCGUUUGACCAACAGAGAAGCAACAUUUACGCCUCCCUCUAAACCCCACCUACAUGGAAUUAAUGUGCCAGAACUAUACAAACGCAAAAAAGGGCAGCGAAAGCGAAGGGCAGAGUAACUGAACCAUAGAUCAGUGGUAUAAAAGUAACUAAUUGUCAUACUUGAGUAAAAGUAAAGAUGCCUUAAUAGAAAAUUACUCAAGUAAAAUUGAGUCACCCAUUAAAAUACUACUUGAGUAAAAGUCAGUGUUUUGUUUUAAAUAUGCUUAAGUAUUAAAAGUAAAAUACAAAUGUAAAUUUUUAUAUUAAGGAAACCAGACGGCAUCAUUUUCUUUUUUUUCCUUGGGAAUAUAGUAAAGUUGUCAAAAAUAUAAAUAAUCCCCCACAAAACUAUUUAAGUAGUACUUUCAAGUAUUUUUUUACUUAAGUACUUUACACCACUGCCAAAGAGGGAACUGUUUCAUCGCAAUCGCAUUAUGAUUAAAAAUGUUUCACUGGAAAGAAUUUCUUUGCAUUUAUUUACAAUUCAUUUGUUCUUGCCAUUAAAAAUGAUUUCCUUGCAAUAUUAUUUAUUUUGCACUCAACUUUUGGGUUAAUGUUUGGCUUUCAAUAUCACCAUUUUUAUUUGCAAUAAUAAAAAUGUUGUUCUCGAAUAGUCGUGGUAAUUUCCUGUAUUACUAAUUGAUGAGAGAGCAAACCACACACCAGUCAGAGUUAUAACUUAAACUUCAUCUUUAAUUCAUAUGAGCUUCACCAUAGCCCUUUGACUCUCGGAUAAAUUAAUUCUCUGAGAGUUCUUACAAAAGAAUUCUAGUAUAUUUUAUAGCCAAGAUACACCCCUCUCAACUCACAUGACGAACCACAGAUCUCAGAAACUUCACAAAGGGCCUUUUACUUGAGAGGAGUAUCCCAUAGCCAGAUAGCAAUAGCUAAAAAUUAUCGUUCAGUUUGGUCUCUAAGACGAGGUUCUAAUCUCGUUCUUGGUACUUCAUAGUACCAAAACAUUACCUUAUCCAAUGGCAUAUAUCAAUUGUCAACUUUAGAUACCCCCAUCUCAAAUACACACCCUCUUCUCUCCCCUCCUGGACAAGCUCACUGAGAGUAUAUGACCUAGAAGUCACUCCCAUCUCAAGAUUAGUGCAACAUCAGAGGGGUAAUACAAUGGUUCCAGACACUGCCAUACUCCUCCCCCAAUGGGAAAAUGAGGGAGUGACUGGCGUACAGACAUUGUGGAGCCCUUCACAUGGUUUAACAGAUACAUUCACAUAUGAAGACAAUGUUCAAUUCUAACUUCUCCCUUUCUGAUAUUCUGCAUAUUACCAGACAUGUAAAAGACAAGCCUGACCUCUCCCCUCUCUGGGCCCCAAAUGCAACUGCCAACAGUAUAGCCCAAAAGAAGACAUUCUAAUGACAAGUAUCUCACAUAAGCAUAUUAUGAUGAAUCAAUAAAACAUCUAAUUUAUCUGUUACCCAACUAAUUCUGAUUCAGCUAUGACAGAAUUCAAAAGGAUUGCUUGAUAUAAAAAGGCACAAAAGUAAUUCCAUAAGAACUGUGCUGAAAUAAAAGUAUCAAAGAAUUUGCACAGCUGUCAAUCAAGCUAAGGACAUAGAGAAUGUAUCAGUCCAAGGUUGGUUUAUUCUGUUGAUUCAUGAUUCUUAGUACUCUUGUCUUGACUAGGCCUAUACCUUUUUAGGAUUUCUGACAAGGUUGUGUUCAUUUUGAUAAAUGCUGUCAACAGGCUAUGUAGUCUCAUUCAUUUGCAAAGUUAGAUAAAGUCUGUCUGUAGGAAGAGUCGGGAUAGUUGCAUGUUUUAAUCUUUGACCUUUGGCACACACAACCAAACGCAUCAUUAAAAGAUACGUUGUUUUUUUUACAACCACAUCUCUUUGUUUAUGUAAAUGUAUGUGUAAAUAGGGUCCAGACACUUGUUUUGCAAUUUCACUUGUUUUUGAGAAACUUACCCCAAGUGAAAUUGCAAAACAACAUUAACCCUCAUUCUGCACAAUGAGGAUGAAGAUGGUUGGGGUAAGUUUCUCAAAUUGCAAAACAAGUGUGUUUAUCUGUACUUUACUAUUUAUAUUUUUGACAGCUUUUACUUUACUGUAUUCCUAAAAUGUAUGUAAUUUUUACUCCAUACAUUUUCCCUGACACCCAAAAGUACUCAUUACAUUUUGAAUGCUUAGCAGGACAAGAAAAUGGUCUAAAGUACAUCCCUGGUCAUCCCUACAGCCUCUGAUCUGGUGGACUCACUAAACACAUGCUUUGUUUGUAAAUGAUGUCGGAGUGUGCCCCUGGCUAUCCCUAAAUAAAAGUGUUUCAGGUAUGGCCUGGAGAGCUGUGUUCACAGCCUUGGAGGCAGUGUGUGAGGAAAACAUCACAGCUCUGUCUGGGCCUACCGACUUGCUGUACGGUAACGCUUCCGGACGCUUGGUGACUUGCAUGACAAAGAUUCAGAACCAUGGCCGUGCCCUCGAACCUGUGGUUGCUGGUUUUACUGCAGUCUACCACCACUAUGACUUUGACGCAGAUACCCCUGGGAAUGGGUAUCGCACACUGGUAAAGGUGCUGCAGUCUUGCCUUUUGCACAUCAUCCACAAGGGCCGCUACAUUGCCUCUAACUGCCACGGGGCCUUCUUCAGGGCCAACCACAAUGCCUCAGAGAUGGAAGCCUACUCCAGUGCCCUGUGUCAGCUGCGGGCCCUCCUCUACCUCGCUCAGCGUCUGCUCCACGACAACGGUCAUGGGCAGCUGUACUCCCUGCAGGAUGGGGAGCUUAGCAGGAGGUUUGUGAGGGAGUACACAUCCAUGCACAAGGCCUGCUUCUACGGCCGCUGCCUGGGCUUUCAGUUCUCGCCUACCCUUCGUCCGUUCCUGCAGACAGUUGUCAUAAGCAUGGUCUCAUUCGGAGAGAGCUACGGAAAACAGAAGUCUGGGUUAGGCAUGGCAGCUUUCUCCUUCCUUACCUCCGGGAAGUAUGUCAUUGAUCCAGAGCUGAGGGGAGCAGAGUUUGAGCGGAUCACCCAGAAUCUGGACAUGAAGUUCUGGAAGUCUUUCUGGAACCUCACAGAAUCCGAGCUUCUAUCGGGCUUGGCCAGUAUAGCCUCUAACCUAGUGCAGCUGAACCUCACCCUGACCAUACCACCUGAACCACUGCUCCUCCCCCUGGCCUCAGACCCACGUCUCUUUGCCCCCGUGUCCCCUCCGGUGGCCCACUGGGGCCCUGGACCUGUUAACAUGCGGCUCAUCUCCUAUCAACUUCGAGAAGGACAGGACAGUGAAGAGCUGCUAGCUUUCUCUCGUACAGAAGCUACCCCCAUCUCUGUGUCUUUGGUACCGUUUGGUGCUCAGAAGCACCCUCCCUCCCCCUGGCUGCUGAUCCACUUCCAUGGAGGAGGCUUCGUGGCCCAGACGUCGAAAUCCCAUGAGAACUAUCUGAAGAGCUGGUCCAAGGAUCUAAAUGUCCCCAUCCUGUCUGUGGACUACUCCCUUGCCCCUGAGGCCCCAUUUCCCAGAGCCCUUGAGGAGUGCUUCUAUGCCUACUGUUGGGCCCUCAAGAACUGCCAUCUUCUUGGCUCCACGGCUGAGCGCGUGUGUCUGGCUGGGGACAGUGCUGGGGGGAACCUCUGCAUCACAGUGUCUAUGAGGGCCAUAGCCUGCGGUGUGCGUGUCCCAGAUGGUAUUAUGGCUGCCUACCCAGCUACCCUGCUCACCAUUGACGCCUCGCCCUCCCGUCUGCUCACCCUCAUUGACCCACUACUGCCAUUAGGAGUGCUCUCCAAGUGCCUCAACGCCUACGCAGGUGUAGACUCUCAGGCGGUACAGCCCACAGAGGAGACCAGCACAUUGAGUGCUCUAGGUAGAGACACAGCCUUGCUGAUCAGUGACCUCACACACGGGGCAUCCAAUUGGAUCCAGUCCUUCCUUCCUGCAGAAGUCCUAGGGUCACUGUCAUCGUCACACCGGAAGUCCCUUGACAAUGAGGCCCACUACAGAUCAACGUCACCCCGUUCCUUCUCAUCCAACUCCUCCUCAGGUCCUAGGGAUUACCCAGAAGGUUUUGAGCCCCUGCGCUCCGAGCGCCUCGCUGUGAUCCAGGCGACUAGCUGUCCCAUCGUCAAGAACCCGUUUGUGUCACCGCUUCUAGCCCCUGAUUACCUACUGAGAGGACUACCGCCUGUACACUUAGUGGCCUCUGCACUGGAUGCCUUGUUGGAUGACUCUGUGAUGUUCGCCAAGAAACUGCGGGAUAUGGGCCAACCAGUGACCCUGAGGGUGGUGGAGGACCUCCCACAUGGCUUCCUCAGCCUAUCGGGGCUCGCUAAGGAGACACAGGUGGCCUCAGACAUCUGCGUAGAGCGAAUCAGAGAGGUCUUCCAGCAGCAAACCCCGCCUCCCUGUACUGACAAGCAACCAAAGUUGGAAAGGACCAAUCAUGGCCCAUCAAAUUGAGUGGCUGACCAGCUGCCUAAUAAAAUGGAGGGGAAAGUGUUGUUGUUAGAUUAGAGCUUGUAUGGAACUGAGUCAUGCAUGUACAAUUUAUAAAAUGGUGAAGGGGGGAUACACUAAGGAUGUAAGAAAAAGGGAGGAGGGGCUUUCCAGAUUAUUUGCUCAAUGGUAGUCUGGGGGGGAAAGGCAGUCCUCUAGUUGACUGACAGCACAAUACGAUCAUUCAAAGCACACUGGGGGGGGGGGGGAGUAUGAAAUAGAGUGUCCUUUUUAACAUUGCAGAAACAUAACACAGGGUAUGUUAAUGAAACCAAUUUGACCAGCUUUGAAAGAAAUGCCUUGCCUGGUUGCUACUCUGUUUUUAUGCUUUAACCAACCCCUUCGUCAUUGAUUUGGCUAAAGCAGAAACAAAAUGGCAACCGGCUGCUUAGAAUAAGUAAUAAUCUCUGAAUAGACAGAUUUGUGUAAUCAGAAGUAGUGCCUUUACCUCAAACUGUACUGUACAAACAAAUCCCUUUAUUUUACCUUGGUGUAUCAUCGGGUUGAACAACUAAUAGGACCUAAUGCAUACAUACGGUGCCUUCCGAAAUUAUUACGACCCCUUGACGUUUUCAACAUUUUAUUAGGUUACAGCAUUAUUCUAAAAUUUAUUAAAUCGUUUUUUCCCCCAUCAAUCUACAGACAAUGCUUCAUAAUGACAAAGAAAAACAGUUUUUUAGAAAUGUUUGCUAAUUUAUUAAAAAUAAAAACAUAGCAAAUUUCCAUAAGUAUUCAGACCUUUUACUCAGUACUUUGUUGAAGCACAUUUAGCAGCAAUUACAGCCUUGAGUCUUUUGGGGAAUUACGCUACAAGCUUGGCACACCUGUAUUUGGGGAAUUUCUCCCAUUGUUCUCUGCAGGUCCUCUCAAGCUUUGUCAGGUUGGAUGGGGAGCAUUGCUGCACAGCUAUUUUCAGGUCUCUCCAGAGAUGUUCGAUAGGAUUCAAGUCCGGGCUCUGGCUGGGUCACUCAAGGACAUUCAGAGUCUUGUCCCAAUGCCACUUGUGCGUUGCCUUGGCUGUGUGCUUAGGGUCGUUGUCCUGUUGGAAGGUGAACCUUCCCCCCAGUCUGAGGUUCUGAGUGCUCUGGAGCAGGUUUUCAUCAAGGAUCUCUGUACUUUCCCCUCGAUUCUGACUAGUCUUCCAGUCCCUGCCACUGGGAAAACAUCCCCACAGCAUGAAGCUGCCACCACCAUGCUUUACCGUAGGGAUGGUGCAGGGUUUCCUCAAGAACGUGAUGCUUGGCAUUCAGGCCAAAGAGUUCAAUCUUGGUUUCAUCAGACCGGAGAAUCUUGUUUCUCAUGGUCUGAGAGUCUUUAGGUGCCUUUUGGCAAACUCCAAGCAGGCUGUCAUGUGCCUUUUACUAAGGAUUGGCUUCUGUUUGGCCACUGUACCACAAAGGCCUGAUUUGGUGGAGUGCUGCAGAGAUGGUUCGGGGCCAUUCUUCCCCGUUUGCUCACUUUUUCUGGGCAGCCAGCUCUAGGAAGAGUCUUGGUGGUUCCAAACUUCUUCCAUUUAAGAAUAAUGGAGGCGACUGUGUUCUUGGGGACCUUCAAUGCUGCAGAAAUGUUUUGGUACCCUUCCCCAGAUCUGUGCCUGGACACAAUCAUGUCUCGGAGCUCCACGUACCAUUCCUUCAACCUCAUGGCUUGGUUUUUGCUCUGACAUGUACUGUCAUCUGUGUGACCUUAUGUAUACAGGUGUGUGCCUUUCCAAAUCAUGUCGAUUUCAAUUGUAUUUACCCCGAGUGGACUCCAAUCAAUUUGUAGAAACAUAUUGAUGGGUUCUGACUUCUAAACAUGAAAAUAUGAAAUAUCCUUAUUAAUGUCACUGAGGAAGAGGGGAAUGUAGAAUGUUUACAUUCUGUCAGAAUAUGUUGUUAGACAUCAGGGAUCCUAUGGAAGGAGAAGGGCCACAGUCUGCAGUCUGGUACAAGUCAACAGGACAGCUGUGAGUUGGGGAGGAGUGGGAAAUUUGGCCAGAGGUCAGAUGAAGUGAGGAAGAACAGAUAUCACAAAAAUUCUGUCUUGCAAGGGCCUCCCGAGUGGCGCAGUGGUCUAAGGCAGGAUCUCUAGCUGUGGCACUACAGAUCCUAGUUCGUGUCCAGGCUCUGUCGCAGCUGGCCGAGACUGGGAGACCCAUGAGGCGGCGCACAAUUGUUCCAGCGCCGUCCGGAUUUGGGGAGGUUUUGGCCGGCAGGGAUGUUCCUGUCCCAUCACGCACUAGCGACUCCUGUGGCGGGCCGGGCGCAAUGAACGCUGAGACAGUUGCCAGGUGUACGGUGUUUCCUCCGACACUAUUUUCAUAUAGUGCGGCUGGCUUCCGGGUUAAGCGGGCGUUGUGUCAACAAGCAGUGCGGCUUGGCUGGGUUGUGUUUCGGAGGAUGCACGGCUCUCGACCUUCGCCUCUCCCAAGUCCAUAUAGGAGUUGCAGCGAUGGGACAGGACUUUAACUACCAAUUAGAUACCACGAAAUUGGUGGAGGAAAAGGGGGGUAUAAAGCAACAGAGGUGUAUUGGCUGUUCAUAGAUGUAAGGAGGAGACUCAACAUAGAAGGCAGGGUUAAAUUCCAGUGCUUGUGUGAAUAUGUCUUGGUCUUAUGCAGCUGUGUGACCCAGUGGGUGAAAAAACUUGGUUUGAGCUUUACUAAUCGUUCGUGAGUUUUUACUCUUUAUUUAGAACCUAACAGUUGGCGCUGCGAAUCAGUCCGAAUCAGUGAAACAGGAGCCUGCACCAGAAAUAAGGUAGGCACAGUUCCUACACCUGUUACCAGUUAUUAUUUAGUACCUAACAAUCUCAAGAAUGAUAAAUGGAAACAGGAUGCACCUGAGCUCAAUUUCAAGUCUCGUAGCAAUGGGUCUGAAUACUUAUGUAAAUAAGGUAAAAAAAUAUAUAAAUAUAUGUGUACAUUUGAAAGAUUUCGAAAAAUCGGUUUUUGUUUUGUCAUUAUGGGGUAUUGUGUAGAUUGCUGAGGAACUUGUUUUAUUUAAUCCAUUCUAGAAUAAAGUUGUAAUGUAACAAAAUGUGUAAAGGUUCAAUGGGUCUGAAUACUUUCCGAAGGCACUGUAGGUACUUCAAGUGUGUGUGUGGUGAAUUAUGUAAGCUUGUUUGUUAUGUAUUUACAAGAUAGAACUACAGUACUGUAUUGACAAGGUGAUGUUGACCAGCAGCGUAUGAGUGUGGAAAUUACUUGAUUGAACAUGGACAUGUUUUUGUUUGGGUUACUGUUUUGGAAAAAUAUGUUGUAUUUAAGGCUAGAUGUCAAAUGUACUUACAGAACACAAAAAUUAUUAUCUAUUACCUUUCAUGACUGACAAACUUUGGAACACCAGUCAUCUUUUUUGACUUGGAAAUGCCUAAUACGGACAGAAGCAUGUCUGUUCUACGAAAUAUAUUCUCAAAUUUAUUCUCAAAUAUUUUAUUUUCUGUGACUCUGUGCACUGAACUGACAUGCAUGAUUAUUGAUGACACUCCGAAGUUCAGAUAAAGGGAAUGAAGUAGUCUAUCAUGCACACCACAUCAGUGCUCAAAUCUGACAGCGGUGUAUAGCCUACUGUAGCUGCUGGAAAAAUGUAUGCAAAGCCUAUAUUUUAUCACUCUGGAUGUAACUUUUAAGUGCUACUAUUUUUGUAAUGUUAUUAAUGAAACAAAAUCAAACAACCCAUAGUAGAAUAGUUGACCGAUUUACCUAGUCAGGUUGUUGUGCGUUCAUUCUCGAGGCUCAUUGAAAUUGCUAGAGCCAUAGGAUGGACAGAUGUAUUUUGACAAGCAGUCAACUGCACAACAAUGUUUAAUGCAAUCGCAGGAAAACUUUUGAAAGCUGUUUUGGCCUUUGUUAAAAGAAAGAGGGGAUCCCAGUUUUACAUUGCUACCAGGUUCAUAGUAGUGUCCAAUGGGGUAAAUGCAAAUGGACAAACCUCAUGCUUCGGCCUAUGUAUAUUUUAUAGCCACUAUGCUUCAUCAGUUGGUCUACAGGUGAUAAUUAUUAUUGCCGAUAGCACAUCUGAUAAUAUAGACUAUAGGUGCAUAGGCUAUAGUGCAUAGGCUAUAUGCAUGGUCCAAUGUUAAAAUAUAUUUUCAACUUUUUUUUUAACCAAAAUGUUAUUAGACCCAUUUCUGGAGGUUUUAUAAAAUGCCGACAGAUAAUUGGUUCGUUCAACAUCGGUUCUUUUUGUCUGUAAAAUUAAUUAUGCAAGAAAUGGCAGUGAAAACACUUUUUUAUGCGCAAAAAUGUAUAUAAUAACCAUAUCGAAGUAAACUGAAUCACGAGAUGAUAUGGUGUGUGGUGCUCCCACUGCGACUCGGGAAACCAUACAGUUUAUUAGGCUACAGAUUAAAUAAAUGAUGAACUUCACAGAGUGGUGAAAAUGCACAGUGAUCUUGAUGCUCCUUUCCAAUAAAUAUCAAGGGUCUUA